GGGUCCUCGCCAUUGCAAUGGCGCCUUUCUGAGGGACAUUUUCGCCUCCCCUGUGCCGCGUGGGUCCGAACGCGCGCUGGGGAGAUGGCGGGAGGUGGAGGCCGCUCCCCACUCUCGGUGACGCCGGGUCUCUCGUCACUGAGUCGUGGGCGGCGGCCGUAUCUCAGGGCGGGCACCCCGGCAGUCCAAGCAGGCGUUUCAGACGCUUGGCCUGCUGGAGGGUAGCCGGCCUCGCGGCGCGUACUUCCCUUGGAGACCUUUAAGAGCUGCCGCCUCUCCGGGGUCGAGCAGAUGGCGGGGACUGCCGAGGCAGCUCCGCGAAGUUCCACCUUUGGAGGCAGUAACCUUGAGGCAGAUGAAGAUGUGUAGCUGAUGACUGUCUCCAGAUGCAGAGGCUCCUGAAUCCUCGGCACAGGCAGGUCCUGAGCUGUAGUUGGAGUAGAUUGUGCCUUCUAAGGCGAUACCUAUUUACAAUGAAGUUGCAGUCUCCAGAAUUCCAGUCACUUUUCACAGAAGGAUUGAAGAGCCUGACAGAAUUAUUUGCCAAAGAGAAUCAUGAAUUAAGAAUAGCAGGAGGAGCAGUGAGAGAUUUACUAAAUGGGGUGAAGCCUCAAGAUGUGGAUUUUGCCACCACUGCCACGCCUACUCAGAUGAAGGAGAUGUUCCAGGCAGCUGGCAUUCGCAUGAUAAACAACAAAGGAGAGAAGCAUGGGACUAUCACUGCCAGGCUUCAUGAAGAAAACUUUGAAGUUACUACACUCCGGAUUGAUGUCAGCACUGAUGGAAGACAUGCAGAGGUAGAAUUCACAACUGACUGGCAGAAAGAUGCUGAACGGAGAGAUCUCACCAUAAAUUCUAUGUUUCUAGGUUUUGAUGGUACCCUGUUUGAUUACUUUAAUGGUUAUGAAGAUUUAAAAAAUAAAAAAGUUCGAUUUGUUGGACAUGCUGAACAGAGAAUUCAAGAAGAUUAUCUUCGAAUUUUAAGAUAUUUCAGGUUUUAUGGCAGAAUUGUUGACAAACCUGGUGACCAUGACCAUGAGAUUCUAGAAGCAAUUGCAGAAAAUGCCAAAGGCUUGGCUGGGAUAUCAGGAGAGAGGAUUUGGGUAGAGCUGAAGAAAAUUCUUAGUGGUAACCAUGUAAACCAUUUGAUGCAUCUAAUCUAUGACCUUGAUGUGGCUCCUCACAUAGGUUUACCUGCUAAUUCAAAUUUAGAAGAAUUUAACAAAGUCAGUAAAAAUGUUGAAAGCUUUUCACCAAAACCGAUGACUCUUUUGGCCUCUUUAUUCAAAACCCAAGAUGAUGUCACAAAACUGGAUUUGAGAUUGAAAAUUUCAAAAGAAGAGAAAAACUUGGGUUUAUUUAUAGUUAAAAACAGGAAAGACUUGAUUAAAGCAACAGAUAGUUCAGAACCAUUGAAACCAUAUCAAGACUUUGUUAUAGAUUCUAGGGAACCGGAUGCCCCUGCCCGUGUGUGUGAGCUGCUGAAGUACCAAGGAGAGCAUGGUCUUCUCAAGGAGAUGCAGCAGUGGUCUGUCCCGCCAUUCCCUGUGAGUGGACAUGACAUCAGGAAAAUUGGCAUUUCUUCAGGGAAAGAAAUUGGAGCCCUGUUACAGCAGUUGCGUGAGCAGUGGAAGAAAAGUGGUUACCAAAUGGAAAAAGAUGAACUUCUAAGUUACAUAAAGAAGCCCUAAAAAUGAGCUCCGUAUGAACAGUGGAAAGUCUUAAAGCUUCAUUUAGGACUACAUGAAGAGUCAAGAGACGUAAACAGCCAUAUUACCCAGGAAACCAGCUGUGUACUGUAGAAGGCCGGCCUAUCAGAUUCAGAUUGGAAGCUUUAUACACAGUCAGUGUCUCAUGUACAUAUCCAUGAGGAUUCACAUAUGCUGCCAUUGGACCAUAUAAGGAUAAACUACAACAAAGAAGAAAUAUGGAGAAUAAGACAAUCAAAAGGAAAAAUAGGAAUCUCAGUAAUUUUUCUUUCUUUGGGACAUAAACGUUAUGCUUUUUAAAAUCUUUGAAUUUUAGGUACUCCAUAGCCUUUGUGUAAAAUAUAAACUAACUGUAUUCAGGAGGUUCGUGAAAAUGUUCUUUGAUGAUUCAAAGGGAAAUAUACCAGUGUUUACUAAGCGUAUUGAAAAGGUCAUGUUUAUUUAUCUUUUGACAUUACCUGUUUCAUUACUUUCUUGGCUUAUAAUUCUAAUAAAUUUAUACGUGUUAAACUGCUGUGUCACAGCACUAGCACUCAUUCAGAAACAUGCCUAUUUUGGUCCUGUGUAGCAGGAUCAAAUACAAUGCUAGAACCACUUGCAUUAUGUCAAAAGAUAGAAUAUCUCAGAUUUUAAACAAAAAUUGAGGAAAGUACUGUGUAGACAUUGCAGAUGUUUCUAGCCUGGAAGAAAAGCCUUAUCUGAAACUGAAUUAAUUCCCUGUUUAUAUUCCUUAUUGAGUAUAUUUUUAGGCAUUGGAGGAAAUAAGGAAAGUGGAACUAGAAAAUUCUGAAGGGAAACUGGAAUAUACUGAGAGAAGUAGAUUAAAAAUGUAAUAAAAAUCUUACCUAAAUAUUUCAUUCUUGGUUGUUAUUUCUGUUUCUUGACAUUGUUUACAGCAAAGGGAAGUACACUAAAAAAGUUAAGUGGAAAAACAGGCAUGUUACCCAGAUGAUGAAUAAACUUCUUUGGAGUACUA